CUGCCGGCUCACUACUGGAGUGCUGAGCUCAAUUCUAGCCACAUUGUCUUCUCGGUAGCCUGCGCUCACUGCCAAGGAGAUGUUGGCUUCCUGUGUCCUCCUGCACACUGGACAGAAGAUGCCUCUGAUUGGUCUGGGGACAUGGAAGAGUGAGCCUGGCCAGGUGAAAGCAGCCAUCAAGCAUGCUCUUAGUGUAGGCUACCGCCAUAUUGAUUGUGCUGCUGUCUAUGGCAACGAGACUGAGAUUGGGGAGGCCCUGAAGGAGAAUGUGGGAGCAGGCAAGGCAGUGCCUCGAGAAGAGCUGUUUGUGACAUCUAAGCUGUGGAACACUAAGCACCACCCUGAGGAUGUAGAAGCUGCCCUCUGGAAGACACUGGCUGACCUCCAGUUGGAGUAUCUGGACCUCUAUUUGAUGCAUUGGCCUUACGCCUUUGAGCGGGGAGACAAUCCCUUUCCCAAGAAUGCCGAUGGGACCAUUCGAUAUGACUCUAUCCACUAUAAAGAUACCUGGAAGGGUCUCGAGGCACUGGUGGCAAAGGGGCUGCUGAAAGCACUAGGCUUGUCCAACUUCAACAGUCGACAGAUUGAUGAUAUCCUCAGUGUGGCAUCUGUGCGCCCAGCUGUCUUGCAGGUGGAAUGCCACCACUGUCAAGCACGAGGCUUGGAGGUGACUGCUUAUAGCCCCUUGGGAUCCUCUGAUCGUGCUUGGCACCAUCCCAACGAGCCAGUCCUGCUUGAGGAUCCAGUGGUCUUGGCACUUGCUGAAAAACAUGGCCGAUCUCCAGCUCAGAUCUUGCUCAGAUGGCAGGUUCAGCUGAAAGUAAUCUGCGUCCCCAAAAGCGUCACUCCGCGUAUCCUUCAGAACAUUCAGGUGUUUGAUUUCACCUUUAGCCCCGAGGAGAUGAAGCAUUUAGAUGCUCUGAACAAAAAUUGGCUGGAUGGGAAGAUGGUCCCCAGAGAUGCUGGACACCCUCUGUAUCCCUUUAAUGACCCAUACUGAGGCUAUCAUUUCCCAGCUUCCCUUUCAGCUCUCCUGCUAAGUGUUGACUGCUUCACCUGAGAAAAUAAAGCCAUUGGA